AGCGCCUCCUGAUUUCUGGUCCGCAUAUGUUUUCUUGUCGCCGGAGCAAACAUGCACGGCACAGCCCGCCCCGUCGUUUACCUGACAAGCGAGAAACUACAAGUGCUGCUUCUGCGCGCUUUGGAUUUCGCGUUCGAGAAGCUCAGUAAUGGAUCAUCAGGUGUCUGGAGGAGUAAGCAAGGGAUGAACGUAUUAUCCUUCUGAUGACAAGGCAACUGAAAUAGGCAUAGCAGGUUUGAUCGCACUGGUGAUGUCUACAUGGAAGCCUCUUUAGCUCUGUGAGCAUCUGCAUCUCAGCUGGAUCAGAGGCAAGAUGUGGGGAGACGCCACCCUCGCUCUGGCUGCGACGUGCCUGCUCUCCUGGAUUCCUGCUUGCAUGUGUCACACAGCACCUGGAAAGCCUGAACUCACAAGGUGUCGAUCUCCUGAGAAGGAGACCUUCACGUGUUGGUGGGAACCUGGCUCCUCUGGGGGACUGCCCACUACCUACCGCCUAUUCUACAUAAAAGAGAGAUCUGAAAAGGUCUUUGAAUGUCCAAACUACCACAGAGCAGGGAAUAACUCAUGUUUCUUUGACAAAGCCCACACAUCUAUCUGGGUCCUUUAUAAUAUUACAGUUAUGGCCUCUAAUUCCUAUGGGAACACGUUUUCAGAGUCUGUGGAGGUGGAUGUCAUGGAUAUUGUCCAGCCUCACUCCCCAGAGAAUGUGACUUUGACUGUGUUGGGAACAGAGCACAACCCAUAUUUCCUGGUGCAGUGGGAGGCCCCACAUGACACAGACACCCGUUCGGGCUGGGUGACUCUCAAAUAUGAAGUACGAGUGAAACUGGAGAGCAGGAGACAGAAGGCCAGUGAGUGGGAGUUGUACAGCACUGGUAAGCAAAAGGAGCUAAGCAUCUACAGUCCCCAGCCUGGAGGACGGUACACUGUACAAGCACGCUGCAGAUUAGACCACGGCCUCUGGAGCGAGUGGAGUCCUCCCAUUCUUAUCCAAGUCCCAGACAACUCACUAAGAGAGAGGUCAGUUAUGAUCUUCAUGCUCACCAUCAGUGCUUUCAUUCUCCUGAUGGCUGCUGGAAUACUAGCAAUCAAAAGAAAAUAUGUUAAGCAUUUCUUCUUGCCUCCUGUUCCAGGACCAAAAAUAAAAGGCUUUGAUAUUAAACUCCUAAAGACAGAAAUGUCAGAAGAUAUAUUCCGUACCCUAACCUUGGAAGGCUUCCCUCCAACACCAGAGUGCCCUGAUCAAAUGGACUUUCUGGUGGUGGUUGAUAGUGAUGAAGACAUUGAGCAGUCUGGAAAUGAUGUUGCUCAGGAAAGUACAAAUGGUGACCAGCAUACUUCAGACUGUAAAGGUAGAGUCUGCUGCAGCCUGCCUACAGAAAACACCUUGAAGAAGCAGAGUGACAGAUGGAAACGAUCAGCUUUUGUACAUGACCAUAAGGUUUCUGAUCGUGAAUCUGUAGCUGGACCUUCACAAACAUUCUCUGGAAUUUUCUCCUCCCUACCAGAUGUUCAACACUUAAACCAUCUAAGCACACAUGAUGGGGCACUGCAAAAACUGGACCAGGAGAGUCCUCAGAUCAAACCUCAGAAAGGCAUGGUCAGAAACUCUCAGACAAGCUGCACAUCCAGCUUCAAGCAGAAUGAUGCCCUUUUCACGCCUAAUGGCCUAAUGGAGUAUGUUGAAGACAUGGAGAGUCAAGACUGUAAACGUAUCCCUACAGCAGAAGAAGGGGAAAACUACAGCAAAGUCUCUGGGAUUUAUAGUGACAGGGUCCUUGUGCUUCAGAAAGACAGUAUACCUAUUCACACCCACAAAGAAGGGAAUUGCGGUGAUCUUAAUAAAAAGAUAAGGGAUGAAACAAUAUCUCAGGCUAAAGAGACUCAGGAAUAUGUAGGAACAGCCUUGGCAAUAUUGUAGGUCAGCUUUUGGUGUGAUUGCUUUGGACAAAAAAUAUUUGCUAUGAGCUUUUUGCCAUUUAACUUCAAGAAAUCAGAGAACUUUUAUAUUGAACACUAAAAUAGUUAUGGGUGCUUCAUAUAGGACUGUUAAAUUAUAUUUAAAAAUUCUUACAAUUUGAUGUCACGAAAACAUAAGAGCAGCAUCCUUACUCUUUUACUGAAAGCAACUUGUGUUGCUCUUGUCAAAUUUGUAAAAAAGCAAUGACUAUAUUUGUACACAUUAGAAUGUUAUGAGAAAAUUGUUACACUCUAUUGAUGCAGAGAGCUUGAAUAGCUCAUAGAAAGUUUGAUUUAUGUUAACCGAGACAAUGGAAUCAAAACACUGAUAUUUCUGUAUUAUUGCAUAGUGCACCUUUAAGACACAGCAUUUUCCUUUGUAGCCAUCCAUUUGUCUGCAUAGCUUGUGUUUUUGUUUGUGCAAAUGUACAAGAUAAUUCAGUGUCACAAGAUACACUGAUUAACACUACAUUAAUGUUACAGAUUUGCAAGUCCCCUGAACAGAAAAUAAAGGACUUUUCAUUUAUAGCACUGCUACUGGGAAGACACCCACAUGUAAGAAAAUACACAUUAUAAUGUUACAAAUACAGGAGUUUGGAGUAAUA